AUGAAGGACAAGAAGAACCUCUCGCAGACCUUUACCGAGAUGUCGGCGGCGCCCUCCACGCCGUCGGCCAAAAAACAAGAAACCCAGCACCUGGAGUUCGUGGACUCGUCGGCGCGCGGGUCGUCGGACGGCGGCGUCGACCGCGAGCUCGUGUGCAACUCGGCGGCCGCGGACGACACGAUCGCCAAGUUCCUGGGCCUCUCCGAGGACGCGCGCCAGGUGGACGACGCGGACAAGCAGAUGUCGCUGAUGGCCGCGCUGCGCCAGUACCCGCGCGCCGCGAUGUGGUCGAUCGUGCUGUCGUCGGCGCUCAUCAUGGAGGGCUACGACACAUCGCUGCUGUCGGCGCUGUACGCGCUGCCCGCGUUUGCGCGCAAGUUUGGCGAGUGGAACCCGGCGGCCAACGUGUACGAGGUGCCGGCCAAGUGGCAGACCGCGCUGUCGAUGAGCACCAACGUGGGUGAGAUCAUCGGGCUGCAGCUGGCGGGCGUGGUGGCGGACCGCAUCGGGUACCGCUACACGCUGAUCUCGUCGCUGAUCAUGGUGUUUUGCUUUAUCUUUAUCCUGUUCUUUGCGCCCUCGAGCCCGGUCCUGCUGGUGGGCGAGGUGCUGUGCGGUAUUCCAUGGGGCUGUUUCCAGACGCUGACGGUGACGUACGCGAGCGAGGUGUGCCCGCUCGCGCUGCGCUACUACUUGACCACGUACGUGAACAUUUGCUGGGUGCUGGGCCAGAUCAUGUCUUCGGGCGUGCUGAAGCACGCCCAGUCGAACCUGUCGGACUCCGACCUGGGCUACCGGUUGCCAUUUGCGCUGCAGUGGAUUUGGCCCUUGCCCAUCGCGGUGGGCAUCUACCUCGCACCGGAGUCGCCGUGGUGGCUGGCGCGCAAGGGCCGGCUGGACGAGGCCACGCGCAGUUUGGACAGACUGGUCACCGGAGUCGCCGCGGGCGAAAAACCCGCGGUGCUGGACGCCAUGUUGCACCGGAUCCAGUUGACGAUCCAGAAGGAGGAAGUGCUGACGCGGGACGCCUCGUACUGGGACUGUUUCAAGGGCUCGGACGGCAGACGUACGCGUAUCGCGUGCAUGGUCUGGAUCACGCAGAACGCCACGGGUAGCGCUUUCAUGGGUUACUCCACGUAUUUCUACGAGAAGGCCGGCCUGGACAGCUCCAACGCUUUCACUUUCACGCUGAUCCAAUACUGCCUGGGUUUGGUAGGUACCAUCUUGUCGUGGGUCGCCGCGCGCCGCUUCGGACGCUUUACCAUUUUCACCUCGGGUCUCGCCGCGCAGGCGGUGCUGCUGUUGUUGAUCGGUGCUCUUGGCUUCCACAGCUCGCAGGGCGCGAAGUGGGCCAUUGGCUCGCUCUUGCUGAUCUUUACGUUUGUCUACGACAUUGGCGUGGGCCCUGUCACCUACUGUGUGGUGCCGGAAAUCCCCAGCAACAAGUUGCGUACCAAGACUGUUAUCUUGGCCCGUAAUUUCUACAACUUGAUGGGUAUUAUCAACUACAUCUGGACUCCUUACAUGCUGAACACGACCGCUUGGAACUGGGGGGCCAAGACCGGGCUGUUCUGGUCCGGAAUCGCGUUUGCGUUUCUGGGAUGGGCCGUGUGGGACUUGCCGGAGACCAAAGGUCGUACUUUCUCUGAAAUCGACGAGCUGUUCGCACUCAAAGUGCACGCUCGUAAGUUCAAGUCCACUCGUGUGGAUCCAUUCGACGGUGGGAAGCUCAUGGCCGAACUGGACGACGAGCAGAUUGAACGUCUUGUUGAAGCCGACGAACGCAAAAAGGACAAGUUGACCGUCAUUGAGGAGUUGGAUUAG